UCGGGCUUGGUGGUGGCUGCAGGGAGUGAGCAGCUUGGGGAAACCCCGUAAAGGGCGCUCAGAAUUAGAUGCGGUGGGCGGAGACCUGAGGCUGAGGGGGCGGGGCCGGGCGGCCGGCCGAGCGGUGCCAGCCUCGGGCUCAGCCUUUAUUGCAGGCCCAGGCCGCCCGCUGCCCGACCACCCAGCCCACUCUGGCUGCAGCAGAAGCCUAGCAGGAACUUCCUGACUGGAGAGGGCCAAGCGGCUGGAAGUCUGUCCCAGAGAACUUCUAGGAGUCGCCUGGUGUUUGCCAUUGGGGGUGGGAUGGAAAAGGAGGGAUGCCGGUGUUGAAGUGCGUGGAAUCCACACUGAGCCCUGCCCGCAUGCCACGGCUUCUGGCCCUGCUGCCCAUCCUCUGGGGGUUACUGCUUGACACUGGGGUCUUCCCAGGUGCCCCAUCCACACUUUGGUUGCCUCCCAUGCCGACAGGGUUUGUCAGCGUCUGUCCAGGCAGUUAAUAAAUAGAACGGAGGCUAAUUAAGACAACCCUAAUCCUCAGCAGGGCUCCUGCCAGCUCAUAUCCACCCUGUCUCCCCCUACGUUUCCUCUGCCAGCUCCACCCCCUCAGCUACAGGGACAGGAAACCCCAGGAGCAGCUGCAGCAGGAAAACAAUGUCUGGUCCAGCCCUUCCAGGCUAAGGCUUGAGGGCAGGGUUGGGCAGGGAACCUGGGGUGGGCCACAGAAGGUCCUUCAGAUACACAUCCAUGACCUCAGGAGUCGGUGCUGAUAACUGACCUUCGCCAUCCUGGACAGAUGAGGGGGCAAUUAGGUCUCAGGGCUGUCCUUUGCAGCUCUCAGGAGUUUCCAGGGAAAGGAUGGCUUUAGCCCUUACUAUUUCAGUGGGACUGCUUCCCUCCCAGGGCCUGAGGCCUAGCCAGCACCCAAUGGAGGACAAGAAGAAGAAAAGGAGUCCCAAGCCCUGCCUGAGCCAGCCAGCCCAGCCCCCCAGCACACUACGCAGGGUCCCAGUGCCCACCAGCCACAGCGGCUCCUUGGCCCUGGGACUCCCUCAUCUGCCAUCCCCAAAGCAGCGGGCCAAAUUCAAGAGGGCAGGAAAGGAGAAAUGCCGCCCAGUGCUGGCCGGAGGUGGGGGCGGCCCUGCAGGCACCCCCCUGCAGCACUCGUUCCUGACUGAGGUGACCGAUGUCUAUGAGAUGGAGGGGGGGCUGCUGAACUUGCUCAAUGAUUUCCACUCAGGCCGACUGCAGGCCUUCGGGAAGGAAUGCUCCUUUGAGCAGUUGGAGCACGUGCGGGAGAUGCAGGAGAAGCUGGCCCGGCUGCACUUCAGCUUGGACGUGUGUGGGGAAGAGGAGGAGGAGGAGGAAGAGGAUGGGGUCACCGAGGGGCUGCCUGAGGAGCAGAAGAAGACGAUGGCUGACCGCAACUUGGACCAGCUACUUAGCAAUGUGGGUCAGGGCUGGAUGCUUCAGUUCCUAGGGGCACCAGGGGUGGGGGAGGUAAAUGCUUCUAAGACCAUUCCUGGCCCCUGGGUGAAAAGAUGGGGGUGCAUGGAGCCAAAAGCUCUGGGCCUCUCAACCCCUACCAUAAGAUGAAACCUACAGCAUCUGGAGUUGGCCUGGUGCCCCUUCUGACAGAAACCUCCCUUUCUCUUUCUGUUGACAGCUGGAAGAUCUUAGUAAUUCUAUGUAUCCUUUCCAGGGAACCUGACAAUGUGUAUUUGUGUACGUGUGUGCACGCCUCCCAGAGAAAAAAUUAGCUUCCACCGUCCCACCACCAUCCGGGAAUAUUUACAUAUAACCAACAUUCUCACCUCUUUCAGUCCUACUGAGUCAAAAUUAGCCACAAGCUGCCCCCACUCAGGUAGAGGGCUGCAGAAAGAAUUCUCCAAAUAUUAGGAGAAAGGUGGUUGCAGGGGAUAUAUUUUACCUACUUAUCAAUAUCUUUUCAAGUACCCAUCCAUGGCAAAACUCGUCUAAUGUCUUCCUACUCUUUCAGCACUGAACAAUUAUUUGUACUGACUUAGAUUAUCUCCGUAUCUAGUCCUAGUCGGAAGUUGUGCAAAUGCACACACCUUCAUGAUCUACACCAAAAGCGUAGCGGGUAAGCCACCUAGCACAAAAGGGCAGGCAAGAACUGCAACUCCAUACCAUGGACCACUCGGGAGUCCCAGGCCCCCGCCCCUUUGCACAAUUGGGGAAAUUAGACCUGUACAGGUUGGGAAAAUGGGGCUGGAAGGACCGCGGUCCAAAGCGUCACAAUCCUUGACUGGCACAGACAGAAGCUGCACCUGGCCGAGAACGCCGAGCCUGAGGAGCCGUCAGCUGUGUAGGCUCAUUCCCUUCAAACUGUGACUUUUUACGGACUCGACUGUGUGUUCCGCGGCCCCCCAGGUGCUAUGGGGGAGGGGGGUAAUGGAUGGAAUUAAACCAGAAAGAAAGAAA